AUGGAAGUGGUAGCAUGGAUAGCUGUAUGCAAAUUUAAUUGUAAUCUCGAAGGUGGUUUUGUUCGUGACUGGAUCGUAGCCAACGAACGAGUUCGCCCUGCACCAGAAAUUCAACCUUCGGAUUGGGUCAAAUUCGAUGCGCUAACAGAUCUAUUAGAAGCUCCGAUUGACAAAGAACGUAAAAUGGAUUCUUCAUUGACAUUAGGUUUGAAUGAUCCAGUAAAUACAAAUGAGUUAGAAUCACGAAAACAACAUCAACAUGUAACAAAGGCUGAAUAUUUACCUAUUGGUUCAUCGCGUAAACUUAAUUUAUUACUCCAACGUUCACUUCGAUAUUCGUAUCGGCAACGAUAUUGUCGAUGUUGUCCAACAAUAUUUUGUGAACUUUUAUUUUCAUUAAUUCUUAUUGGAUUAUUAGCUUUAAUACGUCAUGAAGCUGAAGCACUCGUUGAAUGGAUAAAUAAGAAUUCUCUUUCUGAGUCUAGAAAUUCUGAUUAUCGUCGAUGUCCACAAAAUAGAAAUACAAUAAUAACAACAAGUUUAUCAACAGAUUCAAUAUACAGUUGUUUCAAAUUUCUAUCAAGUUCUUUCUAUUCAGGAACAGCUUCAGGCAUAAUAAAUUUUGUAUUUCAACCAAUAACAAAUGAUACGAAUGUUCUUGUUGAACGUGCUAAAACACGUUUAAAAAAUAUGAAUUGUGAAAAUUUAAAAGUUCGAAAUCAAAAUAUGGAUGAUAAAAAUGAUAGUCAUUUAUUACAAAAUGAUACAGAAGAUACAGUUAUUAUUGAUUUUAGUUCAACAUCCAAUUUAAAAAAUGAUCAUAAUCUUGAUUAUAACAUAAUGGUUCGAAUGCCAAGUAUUAUUCCUAAAACUGAUCCAAUUGAUCUAUCAUUUCUAUCAUUUUUACAUCCAUCAUUUAUUCCUGAUCGAUCUAGUUUAAUUGAUUUUAGUAAUACUUCUAAUUUUGAACAUUCAGGAUUACCUGAAUUUAGUGAUGUAAAAAUGUUUAUUGAUUCAUUACUUAUUGGUUAUCAAACGAAUAAAAAUAUUGAAUUUGAACUUCAAAGAGAACCUAUAAUAUGUACACCAUAUCGCGAAGAUUUACUUUUUGAAUCAGCAGUAUUGAUAAUAAUAGUUUUAAUGUUUAUUGAUUUUGUAUAUUUUAUUCCAUAUUUAAUUCUUCUAACCAGUUUAAUUCGAGAAAAAAAUGAUAAAGUUAAAGAAAUUCUUAAAGUAAUUGGAAUUGAACCUAUUUUAAAUAAUUUUGCUCAAGCAAUCCGAACAUUAAUUAUUGUGUGUUUUUUGACAUUAUUAUUAUGUAUUAUAUAUAAAUUAAAAUUAAAACCUGAUGCAUAUUUUAAUACAGUUAACUUCGGUAUUCUUUUUCUUGGAUAUUUUAUAUAUGGUUUACAAUUAAUAUCAUUUUGUAUAAUGAAUGCACAAUUAUUUGAUAAAACUUUUCGUGCAGUAUUAGGCACUUUUCUCAUAUAUGGUUUAUCAAUAUUUAUAUAUCCAUAUACUAUUGUAUGGCCAACAGCUAUACAAUAUAUAUUCAUAUUUCUUAGUCCCUAUAUUGCUGGACGUUCGAUUUUUCAACAAGCAAUUUUACAUGAGUUAGCAUAUAAAGAUAUAGCAUUAUUUCAACCAGUUUAUCGUCAUAUACCAAUAUAUUUUGUAACAUUGAUUAUUAUGAUUGUUAGUUGUGUUUUCUAUUGGAUUUUAUCUUGGUAUUUGGAAAAAGUUUUACAAGGUGAAUAUGGUAUUCCACUUGAUUGGAAUUUUCUUUUCAAACGAAAUUAUUGGCGUCCAGAAAAAGUUAAUCAUACUAUUGAAGCAUUUUCUGAUCGUGCUUUACCUCUUAAAAGAACUCAUUCCAAUAGUAGAUCAAUUGUUCAUGUAAAUCAUCUUGUUAAGAAAUUUGGUCUAGAUAAAGUCGCAGUUAAUGAUGUAUCAUUUGAUUUAUAUGAAAAUCAAAUAACAUCAUUACUUGGACGAAAUGGUUCAGGUAAAACAACAAUAUUUAAUUGCUUAAUUGGAAUAUAUAGACAAUCAUUCGGUAUAAUAACAAUUGAAAGUGAAGAUGAAAGAGCUUUGGAUACACGAACAAAUAUGGAAUUAUUAAGAAAAUCUAUGGGUUACUGUCCUCAACAUGAUAUUCUUUUUGAUUUAUUAACUGUAAAAGAACAAAUUGAAUUUUAUGCAAUAGCUCGAGGAUUUGAAAAAAGUAAACAACAAAUAGCCUUUGAAAUGAUUCGUUCAGUUAAUCUUGAAGGAUCACAAAAUCUUUACUGUAAUACAUUAUCACGUGGAAUGAAAAGACGUUUAUCAUUAGCUUGCGCAUUUAUUGGUGAUACAAAAAUAAUUCUUCUUGAUGAACCAUCAAGUGGUCUUGAUCCAUCUAAUCGUCGUUUACUAUGGGAUUGGUUACGUUCAAUGAAAGAAGGUAAAACACUUUUAUUAACAACACAUUUUAUGGAAGAAAGUGAUGCUUUAUCUGAUCGUAUUAUGAUUAUUGCUAAUGGAGUUAUUAAAGCUGAUGGAACAUCAGCUAAAUUAAAAAAACAAUAUGGAUCAGGUUAUAAAUUGAUUAUUAAUAAACAAAGUAGUUGUCGAACAAAUAAUAUUGAAAAUGAAUUACGUAAUUAUUUACCAGAAUUAAAAGUUGAAACAGAUAUAUCUGGUGGUGAUGUCGUUUUUCGUACAAAUCAACAACCAAAUGAUCAAUUUAUUCAUGCAUUACAUCAUCUUGAAUCAAUGAAAAGAAAUAAUCGAAUUAAAAAUUAUGGCGUACAAAAUAGUACUAUGGAUGAUAUAUUCUUAAAAAUUACAAGAGAUACAGAAGUUAAAAAUAAUUCAGGAUCAACAUCCAUUUAUACUAAUACGAUCGAAAAACAAUGCCGCCAUGUAUUUCAGCAUCAACGUUCUCUUUCUGGUCCUCAUUAUUAUUUAAGUCAAUUUCAUGGAUUAUUAAUAAAAACUGUACUUGUUCGUUAUCGUCGUUGGGGAUUAACACUUCUUGUUUUAUUAUUACCAAUUUUAUACAAUCUUUUAUCAAAUUUAAUAUCUCAAAGUCAAAAUGAUACAGGAAUUUUUAAAAUGAAUUUCAAUUCUCUUAAUCCACAAACAAUUUUAUAUCAUACACAUUCAAGUAUAUAUAAAUAUUUUCUUGCAUCUAUUAAUGGUGUAAAACUUGAACAAGGAUCAGGAAAUAUAUCUGAAAUGAAUGAAAAUAUUUGGAAAAAACGAAUGGAUCUUUCAUAUACAUAUACAGAUAUUUAUCUUGGUUUGAAUAUUCCUCCACCAGCUGGAGAUACUUAUAAGAUUCAAGCAUUAUCGUCAAAUUUAAUAUCAGGUUAUGAAGUUAUAUCUCUUGCAUCAAAUAUAUUCUAUAAACAUGCAUUAAAUGAUUCAAGUGCAUCGAUUCAAACAACACUUAUUUAUAAAAAAAAUACAAGGAAUUUUACUGAAGAACCAUCGAUUGGUAAAUUAAUAGAUAUAUUAAAUAUAGUAUCAUGUGUUAGAAAAAUAUUACCAACAUCACUUUUACUUCAUUUGUUUAUAUUCUAUAUUUUAUUCUUUUACACAACUGUAUUUGUAAUCAGUGAACGAAAAGAUAGCUUUUUAUCAUUACUGAAUAUUAGUGGUUUACAUCCAGCAUCAUAUUGGUUAUUUACUUAUCUAUUUGAUAUGACAAUAUCUAUUAUAUGGUUUUGUUAUUUACUUGCAAUUUAUUGUAUAUUUGAUGCUGCUUUUGAUAGUCGACCAAAAAAUAAAUCAUUACAAAAUGUAGUUGAAUUUCUUAGAUCAUGGGAUUUACGUAAACAGUUUUAUCGAUUAUCAAUUUUAAUAGCAUUACCAACUUUACCAUUUGCUUAUUUAUUAACAAAACUUUUUAAAAAUGAUAUUCUCGGUGGUAUAACCAUAUGUUUUAUAUUAAUAAUUCUUCAUUCUACAAGUAUUAUUUUCUCAGCUUUGAGAACAUAUAUGAUAAGUAUAUCUAUUCAAAAACUUUUAUAUUGGUUAUUUAGUAUCAUAUUUCCAACUAUUAAUUCACAAGCUAUAAUAACUUAUAUCUUAGCACAUGAAAGUCAAUUCUGUAAAGUAGCGAUUCCACUGAUUAUAGCAGACGAUCGUGAGGACAAACUAUAUUUUGAACCUAUUGGUGAUGACACAAUUGGUUGGAAUAUAGCUAUUCUUGUUUUACAUAUAGUUAUAUUCUUAUUCUUAUUAAUUAUUAUUGAUAGUGGUUUAUUACAAUUUUCAUUUUCAAGUUUCUAUAAACCAAAUUUUAAUGAAAAUACUCUUGAUGAUGAUGUUUUAGCUGAACGUCAUCGAGUUUUAGAAACGCAAACACAUACAUUUGAAGAUGAAGAAAAUGUUGAUCAUUUAACAGUCAAAAAUCUUGUUAAAUAUUAUUCAAGAAGAAAAAUUUUAGCUGUUGAUCAUCUAACAUUUGGUGCAAGACGUGGAGAAGCAUUUGGUUUACUUGGUUAUAAUGGUGCUGGUAAAACAACAACAUUUCGUACUGUCGUUGGUGAUAUAAUAUCAACACACGGCACAACUUAUAUAGAUGGACAAAAUGUUCGUCGUCAUAUAAAAUCCACCCGUCAUUUAGGUUAUUGUCCACAACAAGAUUGUAGUAUGGAUUUUCUAACUGUUCGAGAUAGUCUUUAUCUAAUAGCCCGUAUACGUGGUGUUAAAACAUCACGUUUAAAAUCAAUUGUUGAAACAAUGAGUUCAUUAUUCUUGCUUGAUUCUUUUUUAAAUAAUUAUAUUGAUCAAUUAAGUGGUGGAACAAAACGUCGAUUACAUACUGCUAUAGCAUUAAUUGGACCACCAUUAGUAGCUAUUCUUGAUGAACCAACAACGGGUGUUGAUCCAAAUGCACGUCAACAAAUGCAAGAAAUAUUUUUAAAUGCUGUUAAAGCUAAAUUAACUAUUAUUUUAACAAGUCAUUCAAUGGAUGAAUGUGAACGUGUUUGUAAUCGUCUUGGUAUAAUGGUUCGUGGUCAAUUUGCUUGUUUAGGUACAAUUCAACAUUUAAAAUCGAAAUUUGGUCGUGGUUAUACAAUUGAAAUUAAAGUUCGUACAACUCCUGAUGAAACAAAUGCAUUAAUAAUACAAAAUGUUCAAAGAUUUUUAUUAUCACAACGACAAUAUCAAAUUGAAGUUAAAGAAACAACACAUUCAACAGGUUUAUUUCAAUGUGGACAAGGUACACCGGCUGAAUUAUUUCAAUUACUUGAAGAAAAUAAACAACAAUUACAAAUUGAAACAUAUACAAUAUCACAAACAACACUUGAACACGUAUUUUUAUCAUUUGGGAAACAAAUUCAAACUAGUACAGAUGAAUAA